ACCCCGGCGGUGCCCGAGCGUGGGGGGAGACGGCGCGGGGACCAUGAGGGGGUUCGGGGCCAUCGCGGUUUUGGGGACACUCCUGGUCCUGGCUGCGGCUCAACGGCGAGCCGCUGGCCGGAGCCGUGGCCGGAGCCGGGCGUGGAGCGGGCGGCCGGCGCAGUUCCGCGCGUGGGACACGGGGCUCUACCGGCCCUGGCAGGAGGCGACCAGCGACUGCUGGCGAGGUGGGGAUGUCACCUUCGACAUCAGCAACGACGCUCCCACCAUGGCGGGCGCCCAGGCCACGUUCUCCAUCGCCCUGCGCUUCCCGGGCAACCAGACGGUGCUGCCCGAUGGCCGCGUGGUCUGGAGCCAGAACUGCACCGUCAAUGGCACCCGUGUGACACAAGGGGAGCCGGUGUUCCCGGAGCAGCCGGAUGCCACCGGAGCCUUUCCCGACGGGCAGCCGCUGCCCAGGGACAAGCGCGGGAAGUUCGUCUAUGUCUGGUGGACGUGGGGGCGGUACUGGCAGGUGGUGGACGGGGCAGCGUCGCAGCUCACGGUGGGCACGGCCGGGGUGCCCCUCGGCUCCUACACCAUGGAGGUGGCCGUGUACCACUACCGGGGCCGCCAGAAGUUCAUCCCCAUCGGCCACGCCAGCACCCAGUUCAGCAUCACCGACCAGGUGCCGUUCGCCGUGGACGUGUCGCAGCUGCAGGACGCGGUGACCGGCGACGGCCGCUUCGUGCGGAACCGCGCCGUGGCCUUCAGGGUGCGGCUGCACGACCCGAGCCGCUACCUGCGCGACGCCGACGUGUCCUACUCGUGGGACUUUGGCGACCAGAGCGGCACCCUCAUCACGCGCAGCGCCACCGUCACCCACACCUACCUGGACACCGGCUCCUUCUCGGCGCGCCUGGUGCUCCAGGCCUCCAUCCCCCUCAGCCCCUGCGGCCCCAGCACGGCCCCGUCACCCUCCGGGGGUCCCACGGCCACCCAGCCCGCGGCCACCACCGCCGCCGGGGCGCAGAGCACGGUGGUGGUGACCAGCACGGCCCCCGAAGAGCCCGCGGAGCCCACGGGGGGGUCGGCGGCGGAGCCCUCGGCCGCCGCUGUCACCGAUCCCGCUGUCCCCGAUCCCGCUGUCCCCGAUCCCGCUGUCACCGCCGCCACCGAUCCCUCUGUCCCCGCUGUCACCGAGCUCUCGGUCGCCUCCGCCACCGACCCCGCCCUCGCUGCCAGCACCGCGGCGAGUGGCACCGGCGCCGCUGUCGCCUCCUCCGUGUCGCCCGCUGUCGCCACCGCAGCCGGGGGGGACACCUCGGUCACCGCGGAGGGGUCAGCGGCUGCAGAUGCGGCGACAGACGGAGGGACGGGUGAUGCCACAGCUGAAGCGGCCACAGCUGGACCUGCCACUGAUGCCACAGCUGGAGCGGCCACAGCUGGACCUGCCACUGAUGCCACAGCUGCAGCCGUGCUUGGCAUCACGGUGGGUGCCACCAUAGAAGCCACGGUGGGUGCCACCAUAGAAGCCACCGCGGGAGCCACCGCGGGAGCCACGGCUGUGUCCCUGGCCGCUGCCACAGCUGGAAACACCCCCGGCGCCACAGCUGCAUCAGCCACAGCUGCAUCAGCCACAGCUGGAACCACGGCCCAGCCCCUGGCACUGGUCAAGCGCCAAGCCCCGGCCGAGAACUUCCCCGGCUGCGUCCUGUACCGCUACGGCACCUUCGCCACCCAGCUGGACAUCGUCCAGGGCAUCGAGAGCGUGGCCAUCGUGCAGGUGGCGCCGCAGGCCAGCGGCAGCAGCGUGGAGCUGACGGUGACGUGCGAGGGCAGCCUGCCCGAGGAGGUGUGCACGGUGGUGGCGGACGCCGAGUGUCGCACGGUGGAGGCGGAGCUGUGCUCGCCGGUGUCGCCGGCGCCCGGCUGCGAGCUCGUGCUGCGCCAGGACUUCAACCGCUCCGGCCUCUUCUGCCUCAACGUGUCCCUGGCCAACGGCAACGGGCUGGCCGUGGCCACCACCCGCGUGGCCGUGGGAGGAGCCGCUCCGGCCACCAGCUGGACCACGCUGUUCGUGGGGCUCGUGCUGGUGGCGGCCGCCCUGGGCAUGGCCGCGUGCACCUACAGGCGAGUGAAGUACUCGGCGCUGUCCCCCCGCGCCCCCCGGGCCCGGCCCUGGCUGUCCCCAAAUGUCGCCGUGCGGCGGCUCCUGCAGCGGGCCCUGGGGGGGGCCCCGAGCGCCGAGAGCCGCCCCCUCCUCCGCGGCCACUCCGUGUAGGGACCCCCGCCCCAAAAACAGCCCCCGACCCCCCCCCCCCCCCCCCCGGCCUGGCCCGAGCCCUCAGGACCCCCCCCCGGGAUGGGGGGAGGGGACACGCGGGGGGGCCUCGGGGUCACCGAGGUGAAUUAAAGGCUCAGAAACGGC